AUGCGGCGCGUGCAACACGUGUUGACGCCUCUCCAGUCCCUCAUAGCACGACGAUGGCGCCCGGAAUGGAUUUGCCAGAGUUGCAGGCAAACACGACCAGCUCCAAACUGGACACGAGCGAGUUCUACCACCACGACCACGACCACGACGGAGAUUGAGAAACCAUACUAUGUCACCACGCCGAUUUUCUACGUCAAUGCCGCUCCGCAUGUGGGCCACAUGUAUACCAUGAUCCUCGCCGACGUGCUCAAGAGAUGGCAAGUCCUCAAAGGCAGAAAAGCAGUCCUGCUCACCGGGACGGACGAACAUGGCAUGAAGAUCCAACGCGCCGCAGCCAAAGCCGGCGUGGAACCCAAAGAGUUCUGCGAUAAAGGCGCGGAAGUGUUCAAAUCGCUAGGCGCACAGGUGGAUCUGAGCAAUGAGGUCUUCAUCCGGACGACGGAUCAGAAACACAGGGAGGGAGUGGAAUAUGCGUGGCAGAUGCUGGAAGAGAGGGGAUACAUCUACGAGCGCAAGCACGAAGGCUGGUAUAGCGUUUCGGAUGAGACUUUCUAUCCGAAUUCGCAGGUGCACCUGAAGCUGGAUCCGCGUACGGGCAGGAAGAUUAUGGCUAGUAUUGAGACGGACAAGGAGGUGGAAUGGACGAGCGAGAAGAAUUAUCAUUUUCGGUUGAGUGCUUUCAAGGAUCGGUUGCUGGAGUUUUAUGCGCAGAACCCGGAGUACGUCGUGCCGCAGGAGAGGAUGAGGGCGCUGGUCAAGGAGGUGGAAGCUGGGUUGGAAGAUUUGUCGAUCUCGAGGCCGGCUGAGCGUCUGGACUGGGGUGUGCGAGUUCCGACGGAUUCUUCGCAGACGAUAUACGUCUGGCUGGAUGCCUUGCUCAACUACGCGACGGCCAGUGGAUAUCCUUGGCCUCCCGGUAAAGAGAGCGCGGGUGGAUGGCCGGCAGAUGUACAGGUCAUUGGCAAAGACAUCAUCCGCUUCCACUGUAUUUAUUGGCCAGCAUUCCUCAUGGCUCUCGACCUGCCACUCCACAAGCAAGUCUUGACACAUGCACACUGGACUCUCGGGAGGGAGAAAAUGGCCAAGAGCACUGGCAAUGUCGUCAAUCCUUUCUGGGCACUGGAAAGAUUCGGCAUCGAUGUGAUGAGAUGGUAUCUGAUCCACGAUGGCGGAAUUCGAGACGAUGCCGAUUAUGACAACAAUUUCAUCGUCGAGAGGUACAAGAAGGGUCUGCAAGGCGGUCUUGGAAACGCCAUUGGCAGAAUCAUGAAGGGCAAAGGCUGGGACGUAAAGCGAGCCGUUCGGCGCUACGCUCAUCCCAACGAGGCAGACAAAUCCAAGACCUCUCUUUCGGCAGCCUUCAAAGACAAUGGUAUGGGCGGCUGGUAUGGACAAAUUCGGGCAUGUCCGGGCAAGAUCGAACGGCACAUGCAAGAGCUGCAUCCAAACCGAGCGCUGCAAGCGAUUAUGAAUUCGGUUCGUGAAACGAACGGCCAGUUGCAACACUGGUCGCCGUGGACCCUAGUACAGAAGCUCCGGUCUGCAAUGGCGGAUACCACGGGCCAAGAACUGCGGCAGCUGGAUGAGGAAGAGAAUACCCAAGGCGGAGAGGCCGUAGAACUGCUGGAAGCUCAGAUCGAUCGAAUCAUCUAUCUCGCUGCGGAACAACUGCGGCUUGUUGGGAUCAUGUUACAACCCUUCAUGCCUUCCGCUGCGAAGCGACAGCUGGACAUGAUGGGUGUUGAUCCUGAACGGAGGUCGUUCGAGUGGGCUGUUCUGGGCAAAGACGAUUCGUAUGGAGUACCUUUGGUUAGCCUCGACGAGGGUGGCCUUUUUAUGUCCUUGACGAGCGAGUUCUGA